AUGGCGCUCAGGAUCCAGGACUCCAAGACCGUGUGGUUCAGAAAGAAUCUUAAUCUCUGGAAGCCUCCAUUCGCCACAGACAGGGUGGCCAGAGGGUCAGUGGUCAUAGAGCAGGUGCUCAAGUCUUGUUUUAUUUCCAGGCCCACAACUGCAGCGUUUCUGAGCACGGAUAUGACUGUCACAGCCGGGGAGACCAACCUCACAUCAACCAAUGGAACUGAUCAGGCCUUUCAUCUACAUUAUACAGAACACAUAAUCCUUUCAUUACUGACAGUCAUGGCGAUCCUGGUGGGGCUGGCAGGGAACGCAGUGGUGCUCUGGCUCCUGGGCUUCCGCAUGCGCAGGAACGCCUUCUCUGUCUACAUCCUCCACCUGGCGGGGGCCGACUUCCUCUUCCUCUGCUGCCGGUUUAUACAUCUGCUAGUUUUACUUUUCAACUUCAGUUUUUUCCAUAGAGUAAUGAUCAGAUUUGUCUUCUCGGUGUCAAUCUUUGCCUACAUCUCAGGCCUGAGCUUUCUCAGCGCCAUCAGCAUGGAGCGCUGCUUGUCUGUCUUGUGGCCCAUCUGGUACCGCUGCCGCCGCCCCAGACACCUGUCUGCUGUCAUGUGUGCCCUACUCUGGGCCCUAUCCCUGCUGCUGAGCAUGCUGGGUAAAAGGUCCUCCAUCCUCCAGUUGAAUUUUUUAAACCCUUAUGUGUAUCAUGUAUUUGAUUUCAUCACUGUGUCCUGGCUGAUUUUGUUAUUUGUGCUUCUUUCUGGGUCCAGCCUGGCCCUGAUGACCAGACUGCUGUGUGGCUCCCACCGGGUGCCACCCACCAGGCUCUACGUGACCCUCGUGCUCACUGUGCUGGUCUUCCUCCUCUGUGGCCUGCCCUUCGGCAUCUGGUUCCUCUUUUUCAAGUUACCAAAUAAAUCUAGUGCCCUCUUUCAUGUUUCCAUGAUUUCAGUACCUCUGUCCUGUGUCAACAGCGGUGCCAACCCCAUCAUUUACUUCUUUGUUGGCUCCUUCAGGCAGCGAUGGUGGAAGCGGAGACACACCCUGAGGCUCGUUCUCCAGAGGGCGCUGCAGGACACUCCUGAGGGGAAUGAACCUGGAGAAGGCCUUCCUGGGGAAACCCUGGCCAUGUCGGGAAGCAGUCUGGGACAGUGAUGAGAGCCUCUGUCCUGAUUAGUCUGAAGUAAUUUUGAGACUCACUGCUGCCCUGCCAGGCUUGGAAAGUAUCUAGUCUUCUCCAAGACUCAGCCCCAAAAUGCUUCAGUGAUUCCCCAAUCUCUUCAAAUAGGUUGUUUUUAAUCUGGCUGUUCUAGUUUUUCUCAGAGAAAGCAUUAGUCUGAAAGUUAUACCUCUCCUUCGUCCUUGACAUUACCAAUAAAUUUCUCAUGUGAUCUGAAUUUCUUUCUUGAAUGCUUUUCCUUUAAACUUCAUUGCAACAGAAAGAAUCGUUGUCCCAAUCAGACAAAUCCGGGUCU